AUGUCUUUAACCGCUGGGUGUCGCUCCAACGGCGGAUGUGCUCUUCCCUCCCUCUCUCUCUCCCUCUGUCUGUCCCUCCACAGGCCGAAUGUGUGUGUGGAUCAGGAGCUGUCCAUGCUGGGCCUGAGGCAGCCGUGUGUGCAGGCUUUCACACGCAUGGUGAGGGUGUGGAAGCAGGGAUGCUCAGGAAAGAGCUGGUGUGCUGGCUAUGAGCGGAGGACAGGAUACUAUACAGCCUACAGGCAGGUAUACAGUAUGGACUUGCACACUGUGUACCGCUGCUGCCCUGGCUGGAUGCGGCGAGGACAGGAAAAGGGCUGUUUGCACAAUGUAAAUGAGUGUGUGAAUGCUAAUGGCGGCUGCGAGGACAGCUGCUGCAACACCAUUGGGAGCUUCUACUGCAGGUGCCCUGAGGGGAGCAGUCUGGCGCUGGAUGGCAAGACCUGCCAGGAUGUUGAUGAGUGUGAGGAACUAAAUGGUGGCUGUCAGCAGAAGUGUGUGAACACACCAGGCUCCUACUACUGUGAGUGCAGCGAAGGAUUCAGGAUGCAUGCAGAUUCUCGUACCUGCAUCGCGGCCAUUUCCUGUGCGGUGAAAAAUGGUGGCUGUGAACACAAGUGUGUGGACCAGGGCAAUGAUCACUUCAAGUGUGUGUGUCCCCCUGACUACCUGCUCAAGGACGACGGGAAGCACUGUGAACUGAGAGAUCCCUGUAAGCAGGGGAAUGGAGGCUGCUCCCAGCUGUGCAGCAGUGAGGAGGGGCAGGUCGAGUGCAGCUGCAGGGAUGGAUUCACACUGGCCUCUGAUCGCAGGAGAUGUGAAGACAUUGAUGAGUGUGCAAGAGGCCAAGCUCAGUGCUCCCACAGUUGUGUGAACAUGCUAGGGUCCUUCAGGUGUGUGUGUAAACCAGGCUUUGAGCUGGGAGCUGAUGGCAAGCAGUGCUAUCGUAUUGAGAUGGAGAUAGUGAACAGCUGUGAGAAGAACAAUGGCGGCUGUUCACACCACUGCGAGCACACCACCAGUGGCCCACACUGCACCUGUAACCAGGGCUACCAGCUGGCCGAGGACCUCAGGACCUGUGUAGACUCGGAUGAGUGUGAGAAUAGGGAGUCGUGCUGCAGUCACUACUGUGAGAACUACGCAGGAGGCUAUGAGUGUAACUGCCGUGCAGGAUACAUACUCAACCCAGAUGGCUGUGGCUGCGAUGACAUUGACGAGUGUGAGCUGGAGACGUCAGACUGCAGUCACUCGUGUGUGAACACACUCGGCUCCUUUGAGUGUUUCUGCAGGCUGGGCUUCCGACUGGACUAUGACCAGCGCACAUGCCUCUCGCUCUAUGAGAGUGACCUGGAGGAGAUGGCGAGUGAGGAUGAUGAUGAGGUGGAGGAAGAGGAUGGUAGGGGAGGAGAUGAAGAGGUGCUGCGUCUGCCCGGGUUCGUCUUCCGCAGGAAGCCGCAGCUGCUGCACUACGCGGCCACGCUGCACAGGCCGAGCACACACACUCGAGCGAUUGCAGACACACACACUCACCGCUCUCACCGAGGGGAGCUGACGCUGCUCAGCAAGACAGUCUGUGAGGAGGGUGCGUUUGGUGAAGACUGCUCCCUGGGGUGUGAGGACUGUGCCAACGGUGCUGUGUGUUCAGAGGACAGAGACAGCUGCCGUUGCACGCCUGGCUGGACUGGGAUCAUCUGCAAUGACACGUGUGUGACAGGCUCGUUUGGUGAGGGGUGUAACGGGUUGUGUGUGUGUCAGAACGGGGGGCGUUGUGACCCUGUCACCGGCAGCUGCCUGUGUCCUCCGGGGGUGACUGGACAACACUGUCAGAACGGUUGCCCCCAGGGCUACUUUGGGUUGAACUGCCAGAGGAAGUGUAACUGCCCCAACAACGGCCACUGUCACCGCCUCUACGGAGGGUGUGUGUGUGCUCCUGGCCUCUAUGGACGCUUCUGCCACCUGCCGUGUCCCAGGUGGACGUCCGGGGCGGGGUGCUCCGAGGAGUGUGUGUGUCAGCAGAAUAGCUCCCUCGGCUGCCACCCCAAAACUGGCAUCUGCUCCUGCAAGCCAGGUUACCAUGGAGACCGCUGUCAAUCAAGUAAGCUCUCCACUGUCUCCGAAGUUUUUACCAUGAGGACAGAGAUCAACAACAGUUAG